UGGAACAACAUGACCGGCAGUGGAGUGAGCUUGCGUUCCUUCCGCGAUCUGCCCAUCCUUUUGCAGUGUCUGAAUUGUAAAGCAGCCGCCUUUGGCGUUUUUCGUUUCCUCUGGGUCAUAUUCCGCUCGAAGCGGCUUGAGUACAAACGUAUGCUGGUUGGUCUCCUGAUACACCUGGUCGUUUGCGGCUACGUCCUACCGACCAUUCAGACCAUGCACUCCCUGCUUGAGCGAAACCGUGUGGACGUGUCGAUUGCACGCUACUUCGUAACUGAGCUUCUACACGUCGCGGCCCCGCCGUAUGACCCGCUCUUCCUGAGCGCCAUUCACCCGCUGGUUUCUCAUCCGCAUAUUUUUGACGGGUUGCGUACCGACCGAAACACUGACAUUGUGAACGAGUUCCUGGGUAUGUCCUUUGCCAAUUAG